AUGUGGCAUUGUUGCCUAGUCUGGGAUAAUGAAGUGCAUCACGAGCACCGUUUUGGUGCAAGUCUCGUGUGGUGGAAAAAUAUUUAUUACGCCAAAAAUCCUGUCAUUUCUCUAAUGGAUUCGCUGGAAAAAGAAGAUAGAUCCUCUGACAAGGGAGACUUGCACGUCUCCGAAGCUAAUAUGUACGUCGACCUCCAUCGGAUGUUCCGUAAGGUCGACUGGCACAUUCUUCCAAUUCUGCUCAUCACCUACGGUAUGCAGUUUAUGGACAAGCUAGCCUUGAGUCAGGCUGCGGUGUUUGGUUUGAGAAAAGACCUCCAUCUGGUUGGCCAGGACUACUCCUGGACCUCCUCUGUGUUCUACUUCGGUUACAUGCUUGGUAACUUGCUCUAUGUUAGAGUUUUGCAACUUGUUCCAAUCGGCAAGUUCGUUUCUAUUGCCGUGUGCCUGUGGGGAAUUACCCUUGCUUGCUCCGCUGCCUGCACCUCGUACGGUGGUCUGAUCACCGCCAGAUUCUUCCUGGGAUUCCUCGAGAGUGCUGUCAGUCCUUCGUUUGUGCUGAUCACCGGUAUGUGGUGGACCCCGAAGCAACAGUCUUCCAGAGCUGGUAUUUGGUUUGCCGGUAACGACGUGGGAGCCAUUGUUGGUUCUUUCCUGUCGUUCGGUCUCGGACACAUCUCCGGAAAGAUCGCUCCAUGGAAGUAUAUCUUCAUUGUCUACGGUUGCAUCUCGUUCGUGUGGAGUUUCUUCAUGUUCUUCUUCCUGCCAGACUCCCCUGAAAGCUGCAGAUUCUUAGACCAGGAAGAAAAACAAUACUAUGCCGAGCACAUGAAGCUCCAGAAGAUCGAGAAUGACUGGGAAUGGAAAGAGUUCACCUCUUUGAUGCUCGACACCAACUACUGGUUGUUGCUCGGAUCUAUCGUGCUCUCGAUCUUGCCAAACAGUGGUGUCCAAAGUUACGGUUUUAUUAUUCUCGAGGACUUUGGUUUCACCUCCAUUGAAACCACUUUGUUGAACAUCCCUGCGUCCGUGGUUGCAUGGACUUUCAUCACCUUCUCCGGUAUCAUUGCCAGCAGAAAAGUUGGACUCAGAUGCAUUUUGAUCGCCAUCAUCUGCAUGUUUGGUAUUAUUGGUGGAUGUUUGAUCUACAAGGGUCCUAACAAGGGAGCCAAGCUGACUGGAUUCUACUUCUCGUUGGCACAGACCGCUGUUUUCCCAUUGCUGUUGUCUAUUGGUUCGUCCAACUUCUUCGGUUCUACCAAGAAGGCUGUGGUCAGUAACAGUAUGUUCCUGAUCUACUGUGCGUGUAACAUUGCUGGUCCACAAUUGUUCCGCAGCAAGGAUGCCCCAACCUACGGUUAUGCUUUCAGAUCCUGGAUUAUCUGUUUCUGCUUGAACGUGGCCACUGCUGCUGUGAUGGCUGUCAAACUGCGUUACGAUAAUGCCAAGCUCAACAAAGAACAAGAGGCUGCUGGUAUCAGACCAGAAGACAUGGCCCUUGGUCUCUGGCAUGAAGAAGAGCAGGUACAGGGCUCCAAGCAGCAGCAGGCCACAGUAGAGACCAGCAAACACACCAGUAGAGGUCAUUGCGUCGGCCAUGUACUGGAACGGAUACGUUGUGAUGAAAGUUCCUGUCCAGUUGCAGAACGAAGCAAGACUCAUACCGUAACUUCUCAGAUAGGUUGGGUACACCUCGGCAGACAACAGAUACGGAACUGGACCCAGUCCUGGAGCCCAGAACAUGUUGUAGGUGAUGAUUCCCCAGAAGUACAGUCCAAGCUUGACCCCAAGGUUGUCUGCCAGGAACGAGCAACCGGUGAUGAUGAGACCAAUAGCUAUUCCUGGGAUCAGCGACAGUGUCAAGGUCCGUCUUCCCAAACGGUCCAUCAAAUAAAUGGCUGGAAUAGUGGACAAAAACAUGACACCUCCACCGACAAGACUGCUGUACACGGCGUUUUCUGGCGACAGGCCAGCAGCCUGCACCAAACUUCCAUGAUGGCUCCCACAGUGAAGACGAUCGACGAGAUGAUGAUUGUUCCACGUCUUCCAAAAAUGUCGUUCAAUGGCAUUAAUGUGAGAGCUCCUCCCAUGGCUCCCAACGGAGUAAAACCAACAACCAUCGACUGCUGGGAGCUGUCGAGGUUCAAGUCGUGGGGUAGGUAUAAACUGGCACCACUAAUCAGCGACUGGUCGACUCCAAAAAGCAGUCCACCAACAGAGGCCAACGAGGCAAGACGCUCUCUUAGUUGGGUUGGGGAUGUUCAAGGAGAGCCACGCUCCAAUCCCUGGGGCUUGUGCGUUGUAACCGGAGGCCGCAAGGAAAAUAGCAAAGUACGACACUCCAGGCAGGUUCUUGUGGUGGACGGUGAUCCACAGGAUAAUAAUUCCAAUAAGUCCAAUAGUGUAGCAGAUCAUGAUGGUGCGGGCACGCUGUUGAGUCUUGUCUGCCCAGAUGGCCAUUCCAACAGUCAAAAUAGUGGCUGCCACGUAUGGAGGGGUGGUCAUAGCCUGAGCUCUGACUGCAGAGUAUCCAAGGUUCUUCACCAUGGUUGGCAAAGUGUAGGAAAGAGAGUACGUUGGCACAGAACCUCCGAACCAGAACAUGAGCAUGACAAAGUACACUUGAGGGUCCUUCAAAGCGUUCAGAGCCUGGUGCAUUUCAAACUUCUGCUCAGUUCCAGCCGGACCGUUGUCGUACUUCUUACGCAAAUGGAGGUAGUCCAGCUCCUUCUCGGUAAAGAACUUGAUUUUUCCCUCGCCAGGGAAGUUUGGAAGAAUGAGGUAUCCUGCCAAGGCAACGGCCACCGUAGCGACACCUUCGAUCAAGAAGAGCCAUCUCCAAGCACGCCAUCCACGAGCAUAAUCCAAAGUCGCAAUACCGUACGCCAAGACACCCCCGAAGGCACCAGCUAA